CACUUCCAAAUUUUCUAUAUAUUGUCCCCUGCACUCCUCCAAUCCCUCACUCCUCUGCCUCACAUUCUAUCUCCUUUUUGUUACUUCAUUUCUUACUUCUUUUCUUCUGGAAUGGCUUCUGUACUUUUAUUUUUGGCGGGGUUUUAUGCCAUGGUUUCCUCUGCUGAUGCCUAUGCAGGAGGAGGGUGGACUAGCGCCCACGCUACGUUCUACGGUGGGAGUGAUGCCUCUGGGACAAUGGGUGGGGCUUGUGGGUAUGGUAAUUUAUACAGUCAAGGCUAUGGAACAAACACUGCUGCUCUGAGUACGGCUCUGUUCAAUAAUGGCUUGAGCUGCGGCUCUUGCUAUGAGAUUAGGUGCGCGAGUGACCCUAAAUGGUGCCUGCCGGGUUCUAUUGUGGUCACGGCCACCAAUUUCUGCCCUCCAAACAAUGCCCUUCCCAACAACAACGGAGGAUGGUGCAACCCUCCUCUACAGCACUUUGAUCUCUCCCAGCCCGUCUUCCAACACAUUGCCCAAUACAGAGCAGGAAUUGUGCCCGUCGCCUACAGAAGGGUACCCUGCGGGAGACGGGGAGGCAUAAGGUUCACCAUCAAUGGCCAUUCCUACUUCAACCUGGUGCUCAUCACAAACGUUGGUGGUGCUGGUGAUGUACACGCAGUUUCCAUCAAAGGGUCAAGAACUGGCUGGCAAGCAAUGUCAAGGAACUGGGGACAGAACUGGCAGAGCAACAGCUACCUCAACGGCCAGAGCCUCUCCUUCAAGGUCACCACCAGCGACGGGCGCACAGUCGUCUCCAACAACGUCGUCCCCGCCCGCUGGUCCUUCGGCCAGACUUACAGUGGUGCCCAAUUCUGAUUCAUUACCCUCUUCUAGCAAAAAUAAGUUCUAUGAUUAAGCAGAGUAAAACAAAAAAUCUAGUGUGACCUUUUUUUCUCUUCCUCUUAAAGUAUACUAUUAGUAGAUUAUUAGAUAUAUAGUAUAUACUAUGUGAGUGUUUGGAUCAAAAAAUGAGGAACGGGCUUAUUUUGGGAGGCUCUUUUUUAUCGUUUUGAUUCAAAUCGCAACAUUGAAUGAGGGCUGGCUGUACUGGCUACUUAUUUGGAUUUUUUAACCUAACUUUUGCUGUAAAGCAGAAGUUGGCAGAGGUGGGCUUUAACCACCCGCCUGCAUUUUAGUUACCAUUGUGAGUUCAUUGUGUUGUAAUCAUUAAUCAGCUCUCUGCUGCGCUACUUUUAUUUGUUGUAUUAUUGGUCACUGAAAGUGUAAAUUUUCAGUUUCCUUCAGUAAUGAAAAACGCAGACUUUACUUAUU